AUGGCCACCCUCCGUCGCGCCUCGCCGCAUCGCGGCGCCCCGGUGGGCUCGGCGGUGCAGGCGGUCCGGCGGAAACCGACGCCCAGCAGGUUCUUUGAUUUGGCCGCGGCCCUGGCGAACAUCCAAAUGCCCGAAGACCUCAAACCACAAAAACCGCCGGGCCGGCCUCGGGCUCGGCGACCCACUGCGCCAGCGCAGGCUGGUGGCAAGUGGCCGCAGGGUCCCACCCGAAGUCCCUCGCCCCGAGCGACGCCGGGCAAGUCCAAGGGCUCGGAAUGGAGAAAGCGCACGGUGUCCUGUGCCAGAGCUGCCGUGAAAGAUUUUCGCCCAACGUCCGAAGGAGAUGAGGAAGAUGACUCAGAGUCAGUAACGCCCCUGGCCGAAGCCUGGCUACGACUGUCGCGCAUUGCGUUGCUGGAACUGGGCACCCGCGGUCCUAAACAUCCUACGGCCAUGCCUGGUCAGCUUGCCCACAAACCUGCGGUGGAUCAGUCGGAUGAGGAGGAGCCUCCCGGCGACCAGGCGCCCGAAAACCCGCCCGGAACUUCGGUGCCGGAGGCAGACUGGCGAUCCCCGCAGGUGUGCCUGGGCUACCUCUUGGAGCAAUCCGUCACCUGGAUCGAACCGGAUUCCGAUGACGAUCUCCACUCCCCCAAGGCUUCGUUGCAGCAUCCCGAGGAGGACGAGGAGCAACACCCUGCCAUGAAAGCCAUCGCGCGACAACAGCGGGCACCCGGACUGGUGGAGGGCCUGCCCAAGCGCCUGGGUUGCGCUUUAGACAACGGCCUCUGA